CAGGUUACUGUGGCUGUGACUGGGUCUGUCGUCUGGGCUGUGUUGACUUGCUCCUCUCUGGAUGCUUUGGAAGAACUGGUGGACAGCUGAGAGCUGCUAGCUGUCAGCAGAGCUCUGGUGUUUUCAGCCGCCGGCUGCAUCUGGGACCUUAUCUACUGACAUUUGGCAAAAUUUUUGGAUGGAGCAGUUGUGAUCCUACACCCUUAAAUACCAAAGGCUGGAGGUUUGAUCUUGGUCAAUGUAUAUAGCACUUACCUCAACUCCACCAGAAAUGAAUGCCAACAAUAUGCCUAAACAAGUUGAGGUGAGGAUGCACGAGAGUCACCUGGAGCCAAUUGAGGCCAGGCCUCAGUCCAAAUGUGCCAAAAUCUGCUCCAAGCUGUUCAAGAACCUUCUGCUCACACUCACCGUCCUCGGUGUGAUCUUGGGAGCUGUAUCAGGGAUGUUGCUUCGUGUUGCCUCCCCGAUCCACCCAGAUAUUAUCAUGGUGAUUGCUUUUCCUGGAGAUAUCCUGAUGAGGAUGCUGAAGAUGUUGAUCCUGCCACUCAUCAUCUCCAGUUUAAUCACAGGUCUGGCCGGUUUGGAUGCCAAAUCUAGCGGUCGCUUGGGCACCAGAGCUAUGGUCUACUACAUGAGCACCACUAUUAUUGCUGCUAUCCUGGGAGUCAUCCUGGUGUUAGUCAUCCACCCUGGCAACCCCAAACUGAAGGAGAAUCUGGGCGAGGGCGAGAAAAAUGAUGAUGUGUCCAGCUUGGACGCCUUCUUUGAUCUGAUCAGGAACCUGUUCCCAGAGAACCUGGUGCAGGCUUGUUUCGAACAGAUUCAGACCGUCACAAAGAAGGUAGAGGUGGUUAUUGAGGAGGAUGUCAAUGCCACCACCGUGGAGGGCCUGUUGGCUAACAUUACCAAGGAGCCCCAGUACACCAUCAAAAAGUCCCUACAGUUCAAAAGUGGCAUGAAUGUUCUGGGUCUGAUUGGUUUCUUUAUUGCAUUUGGCAUCUGCAUGGGCAAGAUGGGAGAGAAGGCAAGGCUCAUGAUUGAAUUCUUCAACAUCCUCAAUGAGAUUGUGAUGAAACUUGUCAUCUUGAUCAUGUGGUACUCUCCCUUCGGUAUUGCCUGUCUCAUUUGUGGUAAGAUCAUCUCCAUCAAGGACCUGGAGGUGGUGGCCAGGCAGCUGGGCAUGUAUAUGGUGACUGUGAUUAUUGGCCUCAUUAUCCACGGAGCAAUCUUCCUGCCCAGCAUCUACUUUGUUAUCGUCAGGAAAAACCCCUAUACCUUCUUCCUGGGCAUCUUCCAGGCCUGGAUCACUGCCCUGGGGACAGCCUCCAGUGCUGGUACAUUGCCUGUCACCUUCCGUUGUCUGGAGGAGAACUUGGGUAUUGACAAAAGAGUCACUCGUUUUGUGCUCCCAGUCGGUGCCACCAUCAACAUGGAUGGAACUGCUCUGUACGAGGCUGUUGCAGCCAUCUUCAUUGCCCAAAUGAACGGCAUCUACCUCGACCCUGGUCAGAUUGUCACUGUCAGUCUGACAGCCACCCUGGCCAGUGUUGGAGCAGCCAGUAUUCCCAGUGCCGGCCUGGUGACUAUGCUCUUGAUCCUGACUGCUGUAGGCCUGCCAACCCAAGACAUCAGUCUGCUGGUUGCUGUUGACUGGCUGCUGGAUCGAUUCAGGACCUCAGUGAACGUGGUGGGUGACUCCUACGGAGCAGGCAUCGUGUACCACAUGUCCAAGGCAGAGCUUGAUGAGCUGGACGCGCAUGCGGCUAAAUCAGACGACAUUGAAAUGAUGACGAAGACCCAGUCUUAUUACGAUGACAUGAAGAACCACCAUGAAAACAAUUCCAACCAGUGCGUCUUAACCGCUACCGCUACCGCUACCACAACCGCUACCGCCACUCCUAACAAUUCUGUUGUAGUAGAUGAAUGCAAGGUAACCUCAGCUACUAAUGGCUCUGCUGCGGAGUGCACGCUUGUUGAGGAGGAACCAUGGAAACAUGAAUAAUGGCAGCACAGAGAUCCCCUGCUCCCAGGCUCCACAAGCUUUCCUACCUGGUGAUAAAAAGAGUGAAUGAAAAAAAGUCACACGAACAGAACUACUAAUUGUUUUUUUAUGUAGUUUAGUUUUCUUUUCUUUUCUUUUUUAUUAGUCCCUUUAAAGGUUUUUGUAACUGUCUAUCUAACUGAUACUAAUUCACUUAACCGUGAAAUGAUAACAGAGGUAUACUUUACCUGUUAGAGCACAAUUAUAUCCUAUAUAGCAGAUACUUGCACAACAUACUUCAAGGCUUGGGGAGGGAAGGAAGAGAAAAAAGAGUUAGAUAAGCUAUUCCUUGCAAUACAUCUUGGUUCUACAUUUAUGAGAUGAGAGAAGAUGUGACUGUUUAACAUGGGAUGCACUGAGCUCAUCUUCUAUGUUUCAUAUGAAGAUUCAUUAUUCUAAUGCCAGAAGAUGAGUGGGAGUUAGAGCAUUAAUCAUGACAACCAAUGUAAUGUUUGUACUGAACUUGCUUGCUUUACAUUCCUGUCAGUUCCAUCACAAUGUGUGCAUAAGGCAUUUUCCUCUCCAGCUCAGUCUCUCAUCUAAGAACAUCACUUUUGAUUCUUAAACUGUCAGAGCUUUUAAAUUGGAUCUGACUGCAUUUGUCCAAUAUUACUCACUAUCCCUGAGGUCCAGCAAACUGAUGAAAGGGUAGGAGGCAAGGAGAACUAUAAUGAACAGGAAAACCACACUGAGCCUCUUAAGCUACAAGCACAGUCACAGUGGAAUUAGAAAGCACAAAUCAUACCAUGGAUCCUAUUUUUUUUAACCCCCCUUUUGUUUUCCUUUUUUUUUUGGUUUACUGUAAAGAAAAGGGACUUUUUUGUUUGUGUCACCUCUUGAGUGAGCUAUAAAACUUGUUUGUGCAUGUGUGUGUCUGCGUGUGUGAUAGAGAGAGAGAGCUGGGGUUAAGAACAUGACCAGGUCAAUUAUAGGGAAAAUCAAUCAACUCACAGAGGCCUUUGAACUGCCUCCAAGAUGUCAUUCUCAACACAUUUUUUCAGUAUCUUACAUCGAUGUCCAUUAAUAACUGGCUGGCACAGCAGUUGAUAUUACCACUUUUUCUGAUGAAACCUAAAAAAAAAAAAUCACUGCCCUGAAUAUGAAACUUUAUAUAAUACUUUCCCUUUCCCCAAAAAUAACUUUGUGAUGCCAAUGAAAUUAAAAUUAAAUUAGCGUCAAAAUGAUUGUAAAAACAAACAAUAAUAAGGAAUUGACAAAUCUGAAAUUGUAGCACAAAAAAGAGAUUAUAUAGAGCACAAACCAAGUGGUAGAGCACAAAUAAAGCCCAAAUCCCAAUGUGAAUCAUUUUCAGUCAGUGGCAUAAUCAAAGUCAAGCACAUUAUUGUUCCUUGUCGACACUGAUCGUAUUACAAGUUUAAAAAAUUAUUUUAAAAACACAAUAAGGGACAGCAAAAGAUUCUCAGGCUUGUAUGUUUACUCUUUUACAGGUAAAAAAAAAUGUUGUAAUCCUAAAAUGUUUACUUGCUCACUAGAGCUUCAAGAAAAUGGCCUCUUAACAGCACAACCUUUGAAAGUGUUGACUCCAAAGAUGGAGACAGUGUACUGCUAAGGUAUUUGUUGAAAGAGAGUAAUUUUAUAAUAUGAUAAUAAGUUGGGAAGGGAAGUUCCCUGGAACAUACAGGAAGCACACACACAUAUUUCAGACGACAUUCCAGUGGCUGAGUGAUCCUUCAACCUAUGUACUCUCUGAAAGCACAUGCGCGGUUAUUACUGAACACUGACAGAGUACACAAGGUGAACCACCAGAAGAAUUUUAAAAACAAAACGAAGGAAGAAGUAGCGCAGUGCUCGGCUGUCAGAUGGAUUCUUGGCUUGCACAAACAUAAUUGAUAUUACACUCUUCGGGGAGGCUUGCCAGCUUUUUGUUUAGCCAGACCUAAAAAGGUAAACAACAAUAUAUUUUAGCCACCAGAGCUCAAGACUGUUUCUACAAACCCUAGAUGCUGCAGCUGUGUGUCCAUAUUGGUGCAAAGACGUUUUAGGAAACUCAGAACAGGACAAUGGACACUUCACAUGCAUUAUGCCAGAAUGUUUCCAACUAUCAGGUAAUAAAAAUAUAUUCCUCUCAUAAAACCAAAUGGCUUAAAAAAAGACAAAGACACAAACAAAGCUGGACUACUGGCUGUUAAUCUUUUUUAGCCUGUGUGAGUGAGAGGUGAGACUUCUGUGACGUGGGUGUGGAUUUGAUUUCUUUAUCAGUAUUGUGUCCUUCUCUCCUGUCUUGUUUCUUUUCAUUUGUGCUUAAUGACAACCUUGCCUUGAAGAUGUUCCCUUCAAACAAAUGCCAAUUAAAGUAACACUAGGGAACUUAACAAAACACGUAGUACGACACUCUGUCUUUUAGUUCCUGAAACACAUUCUCAGAAGACGUCUUUCACUUUGCUUUUUUAAGCUCGGCUAACAAAAGUAUGCUCUGAUACAACACAGAGCACACUUAGUUUUCUGCGGUACACACUGCGCAGACUGAUGCACACCAUACACACGAAAACAAGCAUGCAGACACACUCACACACAUUCACCUGAUUUUUUUCUUUCAAACGCACACGUAUAAACACACGCGCAAACACUCUUAAACCUCGAAGGUCACUUUUAUAACUGUAAUCAGCUAGCCGCAGAGCACAGCACUGACACCCUAACGGGCCCUUUGAACCUGAUCUUUUGACCUUGUGAUCUUCAGGAGAAAAAAAAAAUCUCUCCAGUAAGGAGAUAUAGCAGACCAUAGUGUCAUCGAUGGGGAUUGAGUGUUGGACCACUAUUAUGUUCAAACUCACGGUUUUAGAAGCAUGAAUAAAAUACAAUGAUAAUUAUUUUUUUCAACACUAUCUUAAAAGCAUGAUAUUUUGAAGUGCCUCCUUGCACUUUGUGUAUAUAUUGUAGGUAACAGAUGUUUUUUUUGUUUGUUUUGUUCCUUUUGUUUUCUUUUGGGGGGCAUUGAAAUGGUAGGAAUAUAGGUUCAUUGCUGUGACAUUUUUAAUGUAAUCCUCUAGAAAAAAAAUAUCAUCUAUGUCCUGAGUAAAAUUAAACUAGACAAAAUGUAUAGAGAGGAUAUUGUGUAAUAAAUUGCUUGUUUUUUUAUUCUCUAAUAGCUGUUAACUAGUUGUUUUACUUACCUGUCACACACCAAUAUAUAAAUAUCUUUUUUUUAAAUCUAAUGUAAGCAUUUUGAAUGUUUGUUCCAUGAAGAUAUAAGCAGUGUGCAUUCAUUUUCAUUGUACAUAAAUAAAUAUAUAAUUGUUCUGUUCAGUGGCACUGCAGAAUUUUCCGGAAAUUACAGUGAUCCUGAAGCAAACACUGUUUGCAUGAAGAAGAGAGAGAAAGAGAGGGAAGAAAAAAGAGAGAGAAAGAGAGCGAGGGAAAGUUUCUGGUUUGACAAAGGGGGCCAACAUGAGUUAUUUUGGUGGGAAUUACUGUGAAAAAGGUUGCCGAAAAGAGAGACAAAUAAAGAAAAAGGUCAAAUUUGCCCUGUAUGUAGGAUAGAGUGAGGAAUCAAACACAGCCUAGUAGUUGAUUUGAGUGAAAGAACAAACAACAUCAAAUGUAUUCAAAUGCCUGUUCCAAUAUAGAGCAACAUUCCUCAGGUGACUCAUCUGAACCAUUUUGUCUUUUUAAUGGAGAAAACUGGCUUUAGUCUCAGGCAUCUUUGUUUACUUGGUACAUGUGCAUUUAAAGCUGCAAGACAUGGAUAUCUAGAUUCUGUGUUUCCCUGUCUACAUGCCACAACUUCACACAUUUGACUUCUGAUCUGCCAUCAACAUCAUGGAGGUUUAUAGAAAUACCACUUGGUAAACUGCCUUUACUCCACUUGCCUUUUUUGCUUUCUACACAGAAACUAUAUGCACGCACAAACACCUAGAACUUGCUGAGCUAAAUGGUAUAUUAAAUGGAAAUUGACUGACACAGUAUUUCAACAAAGAGCCAGGAUAUCUUCAAUCUUGUCCUUUUCUGUGUCCUUUUGAAGAAACUCCUAAACAGAGCUGAUAACCUGUCUCACUCCUGCCUACAACUUGCUUUCCUGAUCUUACUUUUCUAGGCCUUCCCUCUUUGUAAAGCUGUUGUAAUUUUGAUGUAAAGGCAGAGUGUAUGUGUGGGGGAGAUUACUCUAUCGAGAAAAUAAGACAAAAAAAAAAAAAAAAAAACAUGAAUUCUUUCCUCGGUCUAUGGCAUACAUAAAAAGUCUGUUUCUACAUAUCAAUAAGUGUUGUACCUUUGGUGUACAUAUACAAAUAUAACUAAUAAAUGUUGAUUCAUAACUAAA